AUGUCUAACCCGUUAUCAGUACAACCUAGUAUAUUACCCGUGGAUCAAUUAUUAGAAGACUAUUGUAAUCCACCUACUUUUUUAAUAAAUAAUGUACGGAAAAUAGCAUUUUCACCAUGUUCUAAAUAUUUGGCUAUACCAAAACAACAUAUUGAUGGUCAAUAUUGUGUACUUGUUAUUCAUUGUUCGAAUUGGCAUUCAAAAAAUGUUACAGAUAGUGAUUUGUGUAUGCACAAUCAAUUUACUUGUACAUCAGCAAUAUGGUCAUUAGCAUUUGGUCAAAGAACAUCAAAACUAAAUUCUAUAACGAAUUCAAUUUUACGUGAUAAAUAUUUUUUAUCUAUGCCAACAACAAGACAUGAUUCACCUGGUCGACGUCGUUCAAGUUUAUCAGUUGUUAAUCGUCGAUAUAAUUUUACAAAAAAUUUAUUUCUAGCUGCUGGUCUUGCCGAUGGAAAAAUAAAUAUUUGGAAUAUUGAUACUGGAGAAUUGACAUUAAUACUUCAAGAUCAUCAAUUAGCUGUAGUUGGAUUAGAUUUUACAUCGUGUACUAUGCAAUUAGCAUCAUGCUCACAUGAUACAACUAUUAAAUUAUGGAAUUUACUUGAUGAUGGCAAUAUGUAUAAAACAUUAAAUGAAUGGACUCAUGUGAUCAAUGCAGUUAAAUGGUCACCAGAUGAAACACUUUUAUGUGCUGUAGGUCCAUAUGAACUAGUUGUAUUAUUUGAUACAGCAACAUGGACAGAAAUAUUUGAAUUGGAUGGACAUUUACAUAGUGUUGUUGAUUGUGCGUUUUCAUCGGAUAGUGCCUUAUUAGUAACUGCUUCUUAUGAUACACGUGUUUUAAUGUGGUCAACAGUAACUGGUGAAAUUAUAAAAGCAUUUGCACAUCAAAUUCCAAUACCGUUAAAAAUCUAUGCUGGUGGUGAUAAUGGAGCAUUUGUUCGAUCUGUUGCUAUUACAAAAUCAAAUCAUUUUCUAAUUACUGCUUGUGAUGAUAACAAAGUACGUUGGUUUCCUUUAGUAUUAGAUCGUUCAUCAAAUACGAUAUUUGAACAAACACAAAGCAAUGUUCUUUGUGUUGCAACAACACCUGACGGUCACACUAUGGCUGUUAGUAAUCGUAAUGGUGAAGUACAUCUUUAUUCAACACUUUCAACAUUAUUCACAAGUCAGCCAUCUUCUUUAAAAUGUUUAUGUCGAUUAGCAAUAAAUACUUAUUGUGGCAUUAAACGAAAAAAUAUUUUUAAGUUGUCUAUAUCACGUCAAUUGAUCAAUUAUAUUUUAUACAGAGAUAUUAAAAUGAAAUGA